UCUUCUCCUUUUGUACACAAAACCCCACUCAUGGCUUUAAUAGGGUUAAUUGAAGCAUUCAUAGCUUUCGUUUGCUUUCUCAUUUUCUAUUACUUCCUCAUCAAGAAACCCUAUAGUUACAUACUCAUUAAGAUAUCCCAAAGCGGCCUAUGGAACUGGCCGGUUCUUGGUAUGUCUCCCGGUGCACUUAUGAGACUCCCCCGCAUAUAUGACUUCAGCGUCGACCUUCUCGAGAAUUCCAACUUGACUUUUCACUUCAAAGGGCCAUGGUUCGCUGGAAUAGAUAUUUUGGCCACGGCUGAUUCAGUUAAUAUUAAUCAUAUUUAUUACCGUGGUCCUGAGUUGCGAGAAAUCUUUGGACCUUUUGGAGACGGCAUCAUCAACUCGGACUCAGAGCUAUGGAGGAAUUUAAAGAAGGCAACACAAGUUAUAUUCAACCAUCAAAAGUACCAGAAAUUUUCAACAAGUACCACAAGAAGCAAGCUCAAACUCGGGCUUGUGCCUCUUUUCAAUGACCACGAAAAUUUAAAGUAAUAUACUAAUGUAGUAAUAUUGAAUUUAUAUCUAACGGAAAAAAAGAAUCGAACAAUUUCUGAUAAGUUUUAAAAUA